AUGGCUUGGAGGCUGUCCAGCACCGCGCUGCUGAUGGUGAUGGUGAUGCAGCAGCAGCAUCCAGUCGCAGCCCAGAUGGGGCUGGACAAGACUCCCUCGGUGGACCCCCGGUGCCACGCCCAGUCUCCGUUCUGCGCGCGGGGCCGUCGAGGUGGCGGCCUGCCCACUGUGCAGCCCGAGGAUGGCCUCGUUGUGUUCCUGCUACGCUCAGAGGGCUUGGGCCGCCACCACGAGCCCUUCCUGUCCGAGCUCCAGAGCCACUUCCCUGGGCUGCAAGGCCUGUGGAGUAGCUACCGCGAGUCCCUGGGGUUCUACAGUUUCCUGAUGAAACGAAAUUUCACGCUGAGCUGGAACCCCCUGUUCGGCACUUCCUCCGGGGCGACGCCCCUCCUCCUGGACAAGGGGGGCGACCCCAUCUGGUGCAACGUAGGGGCCUCCUGUUUCACCUCGGUUGAGGGUGGCUCAAUGGAGGCUGCGAGCGUCGUCAAAGUGGCCGAGAUGACGGGUGAGAAUUUCAACCAAAUGGCCGCCUGGGUGCAGUCGCAAAACGCCAGCGCGACGCCCUUCGACCUCUGGACGGUCUACAACGGCACGGGCAGCAACGCGACGGUGCAGUUCGACGCACGGGACAGCAACGGCUACGUGCAGGGCGUCAUCGCGAAGCUCUCCUCCAUCGGGGCCAAUUUCAUCGGGUCCGAGACUGCCAGGAGGUCACGGCUCGCCCUCUACAGCGACGCAGCCAAGUCCCUCGGAAACGGCAGCGACAUCUUCGGCCCCAAGUCGAAGCAGCAGGCGCUGGCGAAGGACAUGCUGAAGUUCUUCAGCUAUUUUCGGCCGGGCCAGACAGCCCUGCAGAGGGCGUUGAGCACCAUUGGUAUCUGCGUCGAGGUCAUGUACCACAAGCGGUUCUUCAUUUAUCGUGACGACACGUACUGGCAGCUGCAGAUGAUUUACCCGUACUUCUCUGUGACCGAUGAGUUUUGGCCGUUGCCUAAAGCCGCCUACGACUAUCCCUUCCUCCUAUAG